AAAAGUUUUGACAAUUUACGAGGAUAGUGAUAAAAAAUAAAGACUUUUUUUCGACAUAUGUUGUGUGAACAGUGAACUUUAAAAACACCAAACAUGAAGUGGCUAAUAGUGGCAGUGGUUGUGGCGGUAUCAAAAACAAUUACAGCUGGGAGUGCUCCCCCUGGAUCUUGUCCUGCAGUGUGUAUGUGCAAGUGGAAGGGUGGAAAGCAGACUGUAGAGUGUGUGGAUCGGGCGCUUAUCACUGUUCCUGAACCGGUGGAUCCUGCUACGCAAGUACUGGAUCUAUCAGGAAAUAAUUUACAAAUUCUACCUCAGGAAGCUUUUGCAAAAACUGGACUUGUUAACCUUCAACGAGUGUACUUACGUAGUUGUAAUAUAGGCCAAAUAAACGAACGCGCUUUUAAGGGCUUGACUAAUUUAGUUGAGCUAGACCUAUCUUAUAAUUUACUAACUCAAAUACCUUCUAAUAGCUUCAAAGAUGCUCCGUUUCUUAGAGAUCUGACGCUGUCCAACAAUCCUAUUUUAAAACUACAUUCAGAUGCUCUCAGUAAUAUCGGAAGCGUAGUUAAAAUUGAUUUAUCAGGAUGUGAAAUUCGAGAAAUAGCAGCUGACGUGUUCAGAAACUUGCACUCAUUAGAAUCUCUGAAAUUGAACAGUAAUCAUUUGCGAGAUCUACCUCUGUCAUCCCUGGAAAGAAAUGAAAAAUUAAGGGUUAUUGAUUUGUCGGAUAAUCCAUGGACUUGUGACUGUCGGCUUCGUGAUCUCAAAAUGUGGCUCUCGAAACAUAAAUUAUUUACAAAGCCUAGUUGCGCGUCGCCAACUCGUUUAGCAUAUAAAUCGUUUUCAGACCUGUCCUUGGAAGAAUUUGCCUGUAAGCCAGAAAUUCUACAUGUAACCAGAUAUGUGGAGGCAUCUGUCAGUGAAAAUGCAACCCUUGUAUGUAGAGCAGAAGCCAUGCCAAGUGCCAACAUUAAUUGGUACUGGAACGGGCGCUUGUUACAAAAUGGGACGAACUUUAAUUCACACCAAAAAAUUUAUAUUUUCGAAGCUGGUGAAAUCAAAAAGAAAUCAACACUUGUUCUUACUAAUACUCAAGAAUCCGAUUCAACUGAGUUUUUUUGUGUAGCCGAAAACAAAGCAGGCAAUGUGGAAGCUAACUUUACAGUACAUGUCACUCAGAUGUCUGCAGGAAUGGCAUCUUUGGGAAGCGCUCAAAUAGCAAGUCUCGGAGCAGCAUUGUUUUUAGUUAUAAUUGUGAUCUCACUUGGUUUACUGAUUACGUUUGUUAGAUUUCGCCCCGCACCAGCAUGUGAAAGUAAAACACCAAACACUCUAGAUAGAGUUGUAUCGGGAAAUGAGGUGCACCCAACUGUAACUGAUAGACCGCAUGUAGCUGUUUUGGAUAGACAAGACUCUCCGAGCUAUGAUGAUGGAAAGAGUAAUCCGAUCUUGAAACCACCGAGGGCAAGUGACAUACCUUAUACAACAAAUCACUACGAAGGUCGAGGAAGUUUGGUCACUACGGGAGGACCAGUGGUAGUUUCUCCAACUGCACCUGCUGGAAUCAAUCCCGAUCUCAUUAACGAUACAAGGCCAGAAUGCGUUAUUCGUCCAGGAAGUGGGGAAUAUGCUAGAGAGACCUCCGAUUCUUUAUACCCGUCUGGACUUUGGGAUCAAAUCAAGAUGAAUCAAGCUAACAACUUGGCCCGUGCAAUUAGUUCGGCGAUACCCGCGUAUUACAAUGAUCGAACACCAAUAAUUGAAAAUAGUAGUGUAAGUGGAUCGCAGGAAGAGUUGGGAUACAUGAGCCGGACAUUUCCGCGAUCACAUGCGAUUUCAACUGCAAAUGCUGGUCCAGGGGAUGCCCCAUAUCCAGCAGAUUAUGGAUUACCAGUGGGAGGAUGCACGCUCCGAGUGUGGCAGCGUGCACCACCGGUACUUCCGCCAGUAUCGGCGCUCAAACGAGUUCUUACUAUCAAAAGGCCCGCUGAUGACGGCUUCCAAGAUGGCUGUGCUACUGAUGUAUAGGGUGAUAAGUGUUCUCUAAAUGUGAAUAUUGUAAAUAAAUUACCAAGGCCCUAAUUAUCUAUGGCAUUCGGAUCGUUGCCGCCCGAAAUGUGUUUGGGACGUUAAAAUUUGAUGUUAGCGAUUACCAUUAACGAGUGUGCUACAAUUUAAAUUUCAUGGCGAAUUAUGGCCUACAAAGUCGUAUGUGUAAAAGAUGGCGAAAUAGAUUUUGUAUUAUAAUAUAAUAAUUUAUUAAUAAUUAGUGGAAAGUUACAUUGGGUCCUGAUAUGUAGGAUCCACGACUGAUUAGUUGAAAGCAGUAACAGUAAGUUAUUACGUGAUAUGGAACGGUAUUAUGUAAGAUCGCCAAAUGAUUAAUGUUAUACUGAAUGUAUUAUAUCCUGAAUGUUGAUAUUCUGAAUAGAUGUUACAUAAAUAAUAAAGUCAAAAGUAAUAUGACUAAGAAAGCAAAAUAUCCAAAGAAAUUUUCCCUCUAAAGUAAUACAAUGAUGUGUGUUACUAUACUGUAUUAUUAAUGUAAUGCACGGUAAAUGUUAUUUGAUGUAAGAUA